AGAGUCUCUCCCUGUACUCACGUGUUUCUACGAAUCAGAGUCAGAGAAGACUUCGCAUUGAGCUCGAGAGGUGACACGGAGAAUGGCGAAUCAACUGUCGAAUACGCAGACUUACGGCGUUCCGAUUUACGCCGCCGAGUGGAUUCCGGAAGAAACUGUUAGAUCCAAAAUCGAUAAGGAUGAGGAGAAGCCCGAAGAUGGCGGCGAGUCGUCGUCCUCCCGGAGCUGCAUCGUUUUGUCCGGCGGAGGCGGAGAAGGAAAUAGCGGAAUCCCUAACGUCAUCUUAAUCUGUCGUGUUGAUCUGGAGACCAAUUCUCUCUCGGAACAACCUAUCCGAGACUUACGAUCGCUUUUACAGCUGGGUAAGCUUUUGCUUGGCACUGAUCUGCCUUACAGGAUGACUGUUCAUCCUCGGGGAGGUGGUCCUAUAUGCGCAUUGCCAAACAGUUGCAAACUGUUUGAUUGGGAAAACAUUAUGAACCCAAGCGAAGAUAAUCAGGCUGGUGAAGAGUCAGAUGAAGUGAUUACAGAGUUGAGAGAUGUUGGACAACAGUUGGCUUUGGCAUUCAAUCAGGAGGGGUCUGUGCUUGCUUCUGGUGGGGAGGAUGGAACUUUGAGAAUUUUCGAAUGGCCUAGCAUGAAAACGUUACUCAACGAGUCUAAUGCACAUGCAUCAGUUAAAAGCCUAACUUUCAGCGAAAGUGGUAAGUUUCUUGUAUCUCUUGGAGGUCCGCUUUGUCGGGUUUGGGACGUAGAUGCUUCUGCUGCCAUUGCCAGUCUACCAAAAGAGAAGGACGAGAUGUUUGCCUACUGCAGAUUCUCCGUCGACAAUGCAGGCAAUGAAGUUCUUUACAUCGCUGCAAACACUGAACGUGGUGGGAGUAUAAUAACAUGUGAUCCAACAUCAUGGAAAAGAAAACGUUCAACGCUUAUAAAAAACAACCCUAUAUCGGCCUUUAAUGUCUCAGCUGAUGGGAAGCUUCUUGCACUCGGAACCCUCGAAGGCGAUGUUUUGAUAAUCGAUUCAACAAAAAUGAAGACUUUCCAAGUCGCAAAGAAAGCUCAUCUCGGUUUCGUCACCGCACUGACUUUCUCCCCUGAUUCAAGGUGCUUAGUGUCAGUAUCUCUUGACUCGAGGGCAAAGCUAACAGUCAUUGAGCAAACGCAUGGAAAAGGUGGACCAAGGUGGUGGCUGCUAGUGUUGUUGCUUAUCUUGACGUACAUUGUUUCGUAUUUUUUCACGAAGGCAAAGGGGAUCAUACCUAUGAAAAUCCCCCAAGUGAUCCCACAGCACGAUGCAGCAGAAUAGCUUGUAACCAAACACAUCAUAAGCUCUUUUCGGUUUUGUUUUUGUUUAUGUUUAGCCUUAUUAGCUUUUUUGCAUUUGUGUUUAAGGAAUUACAAGGGAUUCUUCACCUUUACCAGAAACUUGAAUGCUUUCUAUAUCAUUACAUUGUAAACUAAUAUUUUAAGAGAGAAGCAGUAAACACUAUACUAUGGAUCAAUAAAACUCAUUUAUGUUCCUCAUCGACCUUAAUAAACAUGGAG